GUGGUUUUGUUAUUACAGGAAGUGAAGAUGGCGGCCCAGUCGAUGAUCUCCGAGUCUGUUCUCGGCUGGUCUAUUUUCACCUUUAUACUUUUGGUCAUCCUUGCUUUCUGUUGGAUCUACAUUAGAAAGUUCCAAAGUCGUCAGGAAAGUGAAGUUAUUUCAACCAUCACAGCGAUAUGUGCACUGGCCAUUGCCUUAAUAACUUCAGCUCUUCUCCCGGUGGACAUAUUCCUUGUCUCAUUCAUGAAGUAUCCAAAUGGUACCUACAAGGAAUGGGCAGCAAGUAAUGUGACACGGGGCCAUAUUGAAGACACAGUGCUGUAUGGCUAUUACACGCUCUACUCUAUCAUCCUCUUCUGCGUUUUUCUGUGGAUCCCCUUUGUUUAUUUUUUCUAUGAAGAAAGGGACGACGACAAUGUCAACACAUGUUCGCAAGUGAAAAACGCUCUGAAGUACACAAUUGGAUUCGCUGUUGUCUGCGUCAUGCUCCUCGUAAUUGGGGCAUUUGUUCCACUUCAACCCCCUCCUGGACAGAAUGCUACACAAUGGGAAAAAGUUCAGGAGAUCUUUGAAGAGCUUGGAAGUAGCCAUGGUCUACCUGCACUGUCUUUCUCCAUCAGCUCCUUGACCUUGAUUGGCAUGCUGGCAGUGAUCACAUACACGGCGUAUGGGAUGUCUGUGCUUCCUUUGAAUCUGAUAAAAGGCACACGGAGUGUUGCCUAUGAACGACUGGAGAACACUGAGGACAUUGAUGAGGUUGAGCAUCAGAUAGAGGAGCUCAAAUUCAAGUGCAAAGACGGACGUCCACUCUCCUCAAGGGACAGAAACAACCUGCAGGAGCUUGAAGGGAAACUGCAGGUCCUCAAGCGCAGAGGGAGACACCUGGAAAUUGCAGAGAGGAACUGCUGCUCAAAAUUUGGCAGAGCUCUUAGACCUUUCAAGAUUGUCUUGGGUGUUUUCUUCAUCCUGGUGGCUCUGCUCCUCACAGUGGCACUGUUCAUUUCUAAUUUGGAUAAAGCCCUCCAUUCUGCUGGAAUCAGCACUGGUUUCAUAGUAUUUGGCACAAAUCUGACCAAUCCUUUGAAUGAGCUCCUUCUAGUCUUGCAGCCUGUCUUUCCUUUGGAUUACAUCCUCAUCACAGUCAUCACUGUGUACUUUGUGCUCACAUCCAUGGCUGGAAUCCGCAACAUGGGGAUCUGGUUCUUCUGGAUCAGGCUGUACAAAAUAAGACCGAAGAGAACUCGUCCCCAAGCUCUUCUCUUCCUCUGCAUGAUCCUCCUCUUGAUUGUCCUUCACACCAGCUACAUGAUUUACAGUCUGGCACCGCAGUAUGUUAUGUACGGAAGCCAGAAAUACCUCGUUCAGAGUCAAACACCCACAGCACAACUGUCAUCUGGGAAUUCUACUUUAAGUGUCACGAAAAACUGUGAUGCUGACGCACCCGAGGACGAAUGCACCGUCACCAGAUCCUACUUGUUCCUGCACAAAUUCUGGUUCUUCAGCACCAUCUACUACUUUGGUAAUUGGGCCUUCAUCGCUGUCUUCCUGAUUGGUCUGGUGGUUUCCUGCUGCAAGGGGAAGAAGUCCGUGAUCGAGGGGGAAGUGGAGGCCGACGACUCUGACAUGAGUGACGACGAAUACGUGCAUUAAAUGUCCACUAUAUAUAUAUAUAUAUAUAUAUAUAUAUAUAUAUAUAUAUAUAUAUAUAUAUAUAGUCAGUGAUAUGGCAAAAAUCUGACCACUUCCUGGACAAAUGUAAAAUGUAUAAUUUAUUGGUUUUAGACGGCAGCGGCUUUGAUUGAGAUUGUAGUUUUGAACUGCGUCCUCUCCCCCUCGCUUGCACGGGGGGAGACAGCGUGUUUAAAGCUGUACAAGGUGUUUAACUUGCGAUUUACCUUUGAAAAGCACUUUCCGGCGGAAGCUGUUUGACACCUGGCUCUGAUUUACCUUCCGAACAUCUUACUAGUAAGCGACACCAAAAUAGUUUGCGAUGGUUGCACGCUUUUUUUGUUCUUUUUUUAAACUAGGAACUUCAUCUGUGUGACAGAAUCGAUUCCAUUUGUUCUCUUUCAGUCUUAACGGCUGUGAUUUUGUUGCUGUGUUUUAUUUAACCUCCGUUUCUGAUGCGAAAACAAACAGCUCAUUUGACUGUAAUGGAUGGACGGCGUGAUUCUAAAUGGCACUGUUAAUUGGGAAGUCAAAUGUCAGUGCCUCAUGAAUAGAAAUGACUGUGAUGGGCACGUUAUUGAAUCAACCAGCCUGGGAGAAACCCGCCUGACGCUCAGUUAUUGUACAGUAUUUUCUGCCUUGAGAGCGUCUUCUGCUUGAGUCCUGAAACAUCAGCGAGCCAAGGCGUCCGCCAAUCUUCUUUUAUUUGAUAUCUGUGUUUAAUAUAAUAAAUCUCCUUGGGAAUCCAUAUUGUUUCUUCUUUUUGGUCUCCUCCCUCUCAACCCUUCCCUUUUUUGCAGCAGCUGGAUCGUCCACUUCUCUGGUCCAUUUUUCAUUCCAAAAUUUUCAAAUCAUGCAGAAUUCCAAGACGUGAGGAGAAGGAGAGUGAAACUUCUGGUUGAAUCUAAACUCAAGACUUUUUUUCACAAAAAUGAGACAUGACAAAGUUCCGGUUAGACACAAAAUUCUCGGAAAAAAAACAAAAAAAAAAAAACGGGGGUUGCACAUUAAGGAAAGCUGACAGCAGGAUUAUCUUGUAGCGACUCACGGCUGUGGUGGAUUUGCAUGAAAUAGUGUGCAAUUAGAGUUGGCGGCAUGUGUAGCCUGUCAUGAUUAUUGUGCAGCCUGAUUUGAGCAAAGUCAUUAUGUGAGACGACGCCCCCACAUGCAUUAAUAAAGAGAAUCAGCCCUGAGCUGAAAACAUGGAGCGGAACAGAGGAGUGUAUGAUCUGCAUGUCACAUUCACAGCUUGAAAUCUUAACUGUUUUCUUGUUUUUACCUUUUACUCUCCUGCAGCUUUGCUUCUCUACCAAUUACUCACCAUUUGAGUCCGUGAUUUUUGUACCUGUUAAACCACUUAGACGUAGGGAGAUCUCCUCCGUUUAAGAGGUUUCAUGGGUGUCACGCAGCCAGAGGAAGAGCUUAAAAAUAGAGACAUUUCAAGAAACCUUUGAGGGUUUCGUUGGAAAUACAUGACAAUUUUAAGUGGAACUGUGUAGCUCCUCCACGUAGAGGUUGGUCAGAUAGGUGUCCUCAUGGAUGUCUCAGCAGUCCAGGAGGAGGCCAAGGGUGAUUAUUAUGGGUAAUGUCCCUUCAAUUGUCAAAGGGGUGCAUCAAUAUUUCCCCAGGAGACUUUCCUCAGGGGGAGGAGUGAGCAGAGGAAAAUUGAUUUAUUGGGUUUAUUUGUUGUUCGGGGCGCCUUGUCUUUCCUUUCCUUGUUUUUCUUUUCUCGUUCCAAGGUGUUAAUGCUCCGCAACUCCGUUCAAACGUUGAAAUGUUCGGCACGGAUUUGGAUCAUUCCGAAUUUUCAAAAUAUUCCAACUUCAGCCAAAAGUUUCUGGGCAGGAAAACUAAAUAAUAAUUUUCACCUAGAGACUCCAUUCAGAGUUCCAUGUUCACUCACUCAUGUUGAAUCUUUUUUUCCACAUGAAAUCUCCUUCCAACAUCAUGAGCAAUCCUCACAAACGCUGAGUUUUGCCCAGCCUGCAGUGCGUGAAGUGAUUCGAGUGUAAAAGAAAUGAAAGCAGAGAAGUGAUUUUCACCUGUUUAUUCACCGUUUUGUCCUUUGUCCUGUGCUCAGAAAAACACUGAGACUUUCAAAACAUGCGUGAGCCUCACAGCGGCGCAGCCAAUCCCUGGUCCAUUAACUCCAAUACAAAGUCGUGAGCUGAUAUUCAGAA